CGCAUAGUUGAGGCUUCAAUCCAUGCUUGGGCCAAGCGGCCAACCACUGGGACGUGCGAUGAGAGCACCUUGAUGCAUCGUUUGCACAACAAGCUACGCCCAUAUGGCAUUGGCGGAGGCUUGGAAAGCCUUCUCAUACGCCCGACCCAGUCGCGCGCAAAGUCCAGCCGAUUGGCGUUGCAGUGCUGCCCACAGCUCACCCAUCAGCUCUUCAGUGCGUUGAGCGCCGUGCGCGCGUUGCCGCGGCGCUGGCACCUGGACGGCCGCUUUGGCGCCGUGCAGGUGGUCGAAGGUCGGCGCCGCCUGGUGCUGUCGGCCGAGGCGGCAGCGGCGGUGUCGGCCUCCUUCCAGGGGCAAAGCGUCACAAGCGAGUUCCUCACGCCAGAGGUGAUGCGGCUUCUGUCGCAGGAUGUCACCUUGGAAGAAGUGCCGGACAUGGAGACGGAGACAACCUGCGCGCGGGAGGAAGACGUAGAUCUGCUGCCCCCUGCCGCCGACUUCACCUUUGCAGAGCUGUUUGCCGGCAUCGGCGGGUUCCGGCUGGGCUUGGAGGCUUUAGGAGGCCGCUGCGUCUUCGCCUGCGAGAUUCAUGGCGCGGCGCGGGAGGUGUACUCACGAAACUUUGCGGGGGAGCUGCACGGCGACCUGCGGUCCAGCAAGGUGCCGGCGCAUGACCUGCUGGUGGCCGGCUUCCCCUGCCAGCCUUUCUCAGCUCUGGGCAACCAGCCGGGCCUCCAGGCGCCACAAGGGCAGCUCUUUGGUGAGAUCGUGCGGGUGCUGCGGCAAUGCCAGCCUGAAGCCUUUCUGCUGGAGAAUGUGCCAGGCUUGCUGCACAGCAACCGGGGGGCCGACAUGAGCGCUAUCCUUGCAGAAUUGCGGGGCGCCGGCUACCAUGUCUUCCACGACGUGGUGAACGCGCGGAGCCUCACCGCGCAGCAGCGGAAGCGCCUCUUCCUCGUGGGCUUCCGCGGCGCCGGCGGCGCCGGCGGCGGGUCCGGCUUCCAGUUCCCAGAACCUGCGGAGCUGGGGCUCUUGGCCAAGGAUGUCCUUGACGGGGAUGAAGAGUUGGGAGAAGCCGUGGAGCUCUACACCAUCUCAGACCAACAGUUGGAGCGGUUGAGGACCCGCUCUCGCAUGAGCCGGAGCCUUGCUUGGGGCGACCGCAAGCUGGAGACGCUCAUCAGCCACUAUUCUGUGAGUGUGUGGAAAGGCCUCUCGCAGCUGGUCCCGCGGGUUUCGCCUUCGAACCCUCGGCUCUUCACGGGCCGCGAGUGCGCGAGGAUCAUGGGCUUCCCGAACCGCUUCGAUCUGGCCAAGGACCGGCAGAUGUACCCCCUGUUUGGUAACGCAGUCUGCCCGCCAGUCGUGGCCCAUCUCGGCGCUGCCAUCCUCCAGCGCUUGGGCUUGGCGGCCACUGAGAAGACUGCGCAAGCUGUGGCUCUGCAAGCGACACGGGCUGAAGCUGAGACCAAGGCAGCGCAACUGGCCAGGGAGAUGAUUGACGAGCAGGGGGCCCCGGAAAAAUGGCACAGUCUUUUGAUUUACUGA